AUGCAGCUGCGAAGCUCAAUUCACUGCUUGCGAGCUGCAAGGCAGUUCUCUGCCAACCCGGCCAAACACCAAAAGUUCCUUGUCCGUGCAUUUUCCAGCUCCUUUGCUCGAUAUGAGAUCAACAAGGUCGUGCCGUCGGCGGCAGAGGCCAUCAAGGAUAUGAAGUCUGACUCCACACUUUUGGCCGGUGGUUUCGGUCUCUGUGGUGUGCCAGAUACCUUGAUCGAUGCUGUCCACAAUACACCAAGCAUAAAAGGCUUAACUGCUGUCAGUAACAAUGCCGGUGUUGAUGGUGCUGGCCUCGGCCUUCUUCUUGCCAGUGGACAGAUCAAGAAGAUGAUUGCUAGCUACGUCGGCGAGAACAAGACUUUUGAACGCAUGUAUCUCUCGGGGCAGAUUGAUUUGGAAUUGACUCCUCAGGGAACCCUUGCCGAACGAUGCCGUGCAGGUGGUGCUGGAAUUCCAGCUUUUUACACCCCAGCUGCCUUCGGAACAGUGGUCCAGACUGGCGAACUCCCCCUCAGAAACAACCCAGAUGGCAGUGUAGCUCUGUACGGCGAACCGAGGGAUGUCAAAGUCUUCGACGGUAAAAGCUAUGUCAUGGAAGAAUCUAUCAAGGGCGAUUACGCUUUUGUUAAAGCCUGGAAAGCAGAUAAGCUUGGAAACUGCCAGUUCCGCUACGCUGCCCAGAACUUUAACGGAGCUAUGGGCCGCAACGCUAAGAUGACAAUUGUCGAAGCUGAGCACAUUGUCGAGGUCGGCGACAUUGAGCCCGCUGCAGUCCACCUUCCUGGUAUCUAUGUCAAGCGCGUUAUCCAGAGCCAUACUGAUAAGAAGAUCGAAAAAUACACUUACGCCAAAGAAGGAGACGAAGCCGAUAUGUCUGCUCUCGGCAAAGGAGACACAGCUAGCAAACGAGAACGCAUCGUCCGUCGCGCAGCCAAGGAGUUCAAGAACGGAAUGUAUGCUAACUUGGGUAUUGGUAUGCCAAUGCUGGCUCCUAGCUUUGUUGACUCCUCCGUCGAAGUCCAAUUGCAAUCAGAAAAUGGUAUUCUGGGGCUUGGACCUUACCCCAAGAAAGGUGAAGAGGAUGCUGAUUUGAUUAAUGCUGGUAAGGAGACUGUUACAUUGCUACCAGGUGCAUCGUGCUUCGGUAGUGAUGAGUCUUUCGGCAUGAUUCGAGCUGGACGAAUCGAUUUGACCAUCUUGGGUGCUAUGCAAGUUAGUGCCAAGGGUGAUUUGGCCAACUGGAUGUUACCCGGUAAGAUCAAGGGUUUUGGUGGUGCCAUGGAUCUUGUCUCCAACCCAUCUAAGACCAGAGUCGUCGUCACUAUGGAACAUACCGAUAAGAAAGGAAACCCCAAGAUUCUCAAGCAGUGCGAGUUCCCCCUCACUGGGCGCGCUUGUGUUAGCAGAAUCAUCACCGAUCUCUGUGUAUUCGAUGUCGAUUUCGCAAGUGGUCUAACCCUUAUUGAGCUUGCUGAAGGUGUUACUGUUGAUGAAGUCCGCACGAAAACCGAGGCGCCUUUCAAGGUUGCUGACGAUGUGAAAUCUAUGGUUUAG